AUGUUUUCCGCGAAUCCCGCUCUCUAUGCCGCUCUAGCUGGUGAAUACUUCGCAGCGCAUAUCUGCCAUAUAGUAACUUAGAGUAUUUACUUCCUUGUCUUCGUCCACCUAAAUAGACACAGCCACCACCACCACCACCCUCACCACCACAUCCGCAUCAUCUACCUAGUUAUCUCUGUACUAGCCAGGAGCCCUUCAAGCCGUUCUCUCCUCCACAACCCGCAGGGUCAGGCAACUUGGUUCGAAACCCGGCCUCAACAGAAUCUUCGGAAUGGACCCGGGGCACUUCGACCUUGAGGUGAUGGGCUUUCCCAUCCCAAGCCUUCAAUUCCCCUUUUCCGACCUCGCCCUGACGGACACUCCGUACGAAACCAUCUACGGCACCUACGGCAUCAUCUUCAAGCUCGACCGUCGCGUGGUCCUAAAAGUGCCAAUACUCCACAACAUGCUAAUCCACAUCGACUCGCGCUGGGACGAAGCCAAGGCCUCCUGGAAGGCCCAAAAGCGCGAAAAGCGCGCCUACGACUUCCUGAAACACCACCCGCACCCGCACAUCCUCCAAUGCUUCCUGACCGUCCCCGAGGGCCUCUUCGUGGAGCGUGCCGCCUUGUCGCUGCACGACCGCCUCACCAAACUAGCCUACCACCCCGUCAAGUGGGACCAGAGGAUGCUCUGGGCAGGGGAGAUCGCAUCGGCCGCCGCGUGGAUCGAGAACCUCGGCUUCGUGCACGGCGAGCUCCGCCCCUCGAAUGUGCUGCUCCAGGCGGAGACGUGGCACGUCAAGCUCGCGGGCUUCGACAACAGCGUCAAGAAAGGCCGCCCGAUGCCGGAGCUCAAGAUGCCGUAUUGGCUCAACAAGCCGGGCAUGGAGGGCGCAGGGGCGGCGACGGAGCAGUUCGCGUUGGCGUCGACGCUGUUCUUCCUCGAGAAGGGGCGGGAUGCGGCCUUUGAGCUCACUGACUUGGGGGAGUUUGUCGCGUUUCCGGAGUUCGAGUACGGUGCGUUCGCCUUUGCGGGACUUGUUCGGAGAGGCUGGGAGCGGGGGUUCGAUAAGAUGGAGACCUUUGAGCGGGAGAUUAACGCGGAGGUUCUGCGGCGGCGUAUUUGGUCGCUUGAUGUAUGCGGGCUUGUGAGGGCUGUGCAUGGCGCCGUGGAGUACUACUUUGACAAAACCAGGAACAUCAUGCCGAAGGCGCUGGUGGACGAGGGGGCGGUGUUCGUGAUAGAUUGGAUGGAGUUGCAUCAGAAGGACCCGGAGCGUGAGGCGGCCGAGAAGUUGCGGAAGAAGAUGGAGGAGGAGGAAGUGCGGGCUUCUUUCUAGACGAUGUGGGUGCUAGAAGGGGGAGUUUAGGGUUCGUUUGCGGUCUAAGGGACUAGACUUGCGUUACUAAAAGGCCCGGGA